GAGCUCCACCGAGAUCUCUGCUGAUCAGCUGUUGCACUGCCAAACGCCAAACUUGCGUAAGUUUUUCUUCCGCUUUGGAGAUACUUUUGCAAGGAAAAAUUAGUUUCAACAAGCAGUUUCACCUAGUCACUCUCCAAUAACCCAAGUUGAGCGAGCUUGUGUGGCGUAAACGUGAACAGUAGUAAAGUUUGGUUUGGUGUUAACGUGCACUGUGAAAUUUCCCGAAAAGAUUGCGUAAGCUUAAGUAUCUUUAAAACAAGUUAAAAUUACAGUAGUGGUGAGUUCUCAAACCAUAAAAUCACGAUCUAGAUCGGAUGUCAUCACAUAAACAAGAAGUAAUAAGUGAAUACAUUUUAUUUGAAUAUAUUGUGGUUUUCUUUUGGGGCACAAUAGCCCGGGGUAAAAUAAUGCCGGCAGUUUCGGACGGCACGUGUGAAGCGUGUUAACGUGUCGCUCUAACAGUGUCCGACAGUGCACAUAAAUACAUGUAACAAAGCGGUUCCAACACCGUUUUUAAUGCCGCGAAUUUCAAAUAAAAAUGCUGUAACUGACCAAUUAUUUCGUCUGCGUGACUGAGAAAUGUCCCAAUGUGCCUAGCACGCUCAAAUUAUUCGUGAUAUUUGCUCUUAUAAUCGAGCGCAGAGAGAAAAUACACUCGCUUUUUCCCAUAGAAAUGCAUUACCGGAAGUCAAUUUCUGACUGCUUGCUGUCUGCUUCAAUUUGCAACAGCACACUGGCGCCAGCUGAGCCUCUAGCGUUUAUUGUAAUAACUCUAUGCACGUGACCCCCUGACGUCACACAACCCCCCCCCCCUCUCUCUCCUGAGGUCACGUGACCUCAAGGAGUCACCUAUCCCUCUGUACGCUUCCAUCCUCCUCAAGAGCUGCACUGUAAUCCGGCGUUCAGGGAAUUAUAAAUGGCUUUCGUUUUUAAUCCCAGUGAUAAUGUUAAAAAAAAAAAAAAAAAAAAAAGAAACCUGUAAUAACUGCCAAUGUUAAAAAAAACAGUAUGCCAACUUUGGAUUUAAAUUUGGGUCUGCUGCAUGUGAAGCGGACACCUUUCCACUGAGCUACUCUGCAGCUUCAAAUGUUCAUUUUCAUAAUUCAUUUUACGAAACCCAAUAGGGGACACUGCCGGCAUUUCUUUUCCCGGGUUAUUGUGCUGGCUGCCAACAAAAUAUCCGCUUGUGCUGGCUGCCGGCAAAAUAUCCACUUCCUUUUCUUUUUAACUCGCAUUGGGCACACUGCAUGUGCAUGCUGGUGUAAAAAUAACGGCUGAUGGUGAAUUCUAGUUGUAGAUCUGGUUCGUAGAACUUGGCCUCAGCAUCUCAAGGGUAUGCAUGGCUUAUUGCACUAACAUCGCACCAGCGACCAUUACGAAGAACCUCUCUGCUGCGCGCAUACGUCACUUGCAAGCCACAUACAGUUGUAUUUGUUGCCAGAAAUCCGGGGGACUUGCGUUGUGCAGAGAGAAACCGAAAGGCAGGGGGAGAUCGGAGAGUUCUGUGACGUCAGAGUGUUAAGCGCGGUUCACACUCAUGCAGCCGAGUAAGACCGAGAGAGACAAGACCGGUUUUUAAGCCCCUUGUGAUGGCAAAGGACCGGAUACGCUACUUUGGAGCAGGUCCUCCGCCGUCGCAAGAAGCUUGAAAACCGGUCUUGUCUCACUCGGUCGUUCUCAGUUGCAAGUGUGUGAACGGGCCUUUAAGCUCCAAUUGGAAUCGGAUAGAGGGUAGAUGCAAAAGCUAGCUGCCUUGGCGUUUGCCCUCUGUCUCUCUUCAGUUGAAGCAAACAAGAGGGUUGUAGUAUUUAAAUUUUUCGCUAGUUCUUUACACACUAUUUAAUGGCGCCACUCUCCACCAUUGCGCCGUGUUGUCAGGGUCGCGUUCCUGUGACGUCCUACCCCCAUGUUUGUUUACCGUUAAUAAAGAGGGUUACGCUUCAGCCACCGACCGCAUCGGACAUGUCUCUCUCUCCUUCCGGGGCUCCCAUGCCCGGCCGCCCGGCCCGCCGGUCACCACUUCGGCAUGUGAGACCCCUCGUUUUUUCCGCAGGCCCACGCAGGCACUGCUCUAUUUUAUUUUCUCGGGUAACCGCUUUUAAUACUACAUUUUGGCGACGAGGAUUUACCGAGAAUCACAACAAGGGUCGUCUGCUCGCCAAAUGCCAGAUUCUGCGCGAGAAGCAGACGACGCUGCUGUUUGCUCUAAUAGACCCUUUUCAAAACUGCACACCGUCUGGUAGCUAGCUGCUGCACAAAAUUUCCAAGUCUGCCAUUGUCUGGGCACAUACUUUGAGCAUGUAUUAGACAUGAGGGCUGCAUCGGUGUUCAGCGUGAACAGUCGGCUCGGCUUGUAUCAAAAACGAGUGCUGCGUCAGCGUUUGGCGAGGAGUUGGACCCAAUCACAUGCUUCGUGUCCAAGAAAUGGCGGCCGUCAAUGUUGCAUGAUGAAGUUUUGAAAAGGGUCUGUCGGUGGGAGACAGUUGGCAAAGACUUAAGGACAGCUAGAGUUUGCAACUAUACCGACUAUAUUUUCAGUCGGAGCUCGGCACUCCGACGUCACACCAUGUAUCUCCUCUUCUCCUUCGGUUCCUAUCUGUAUUGCUUAGACCCAAAAUUUGUGAUCUCUUCUUUACAAUCUCGAAAGGUAUCUACGGGUACCUUUCAAGAUUUAAAAUUUCUUUUUUCCAGCGGGGUGUGAGCGAUGGGUAUGCUUUUGCACUUCAACGAUGCCGAGAGGGAGCUGAACGCCAAGCUGAAGCCUCACCUCCACUCGAUCCAUGCGUCGCUUAAGCUGGACCAGGACAUCACCGACGCCAACGUCGCCAUCUUAAAGACAAUAUUGGACGACAUCUACGAGCAGAUCAAGCGGAACGAUCCCCUCUUCAAAAAGAUUUGUAGGAGGCUCGUGUACACUGGAAGUUACUACAUCCGGCUACGGACCAAGAAAGCAGACGAAUUCGACAUCAAUCUUGUCCUGGAUUUACCUUUUCGGAAAGGUGAAUUUACCAUUUUGGACGAACGUCCCGGCUAUGUCGGCUACAAAGUCAGCCUAGCGGCCGUCAACAGGCUUCUCCAAGAAGGAGAAAAGGAGUGGGUCCAUCCCUUGCUCAAGUUGAUCAACGGCGAGAAUAGGCUUAUGCCCGAGAGGGUCAAGAGGAGCCUGCAGUCUGCCUUCGACCGGGUUCUCCAAACCUAUGUCAUCCCUUCUGGACUUCGCUCAUCCGUGGCUAGGAUUCGGCCAAGUCAGAGUGGACCUGCCAAGACAUUCCGUAUCAUUCUUAAAGAUGGCCAGUGGAUUGAUGUAGAUCUUGUGCCUGUGAUAGAAUUUUGUUACCCCAACUGGCCCAGUGGCAUUGAGAAGAAAGACUGGAUGGAUAAGAUUUCUCCCUUGGAUCAGAACUGGUUCCUGGUUCCAAAAUCACCUAUGUCCAAUCCCUCUAUGCCCGACGGCUCCCACUUGUGGCGGCUAGACUUCCAAAAUAUGGAAAACAGGCUGAUUCAAGACUAUGGUUGCGUCAAGCCCAUCAUUCGUUUGCUCAAGACUACGAGGGAUUCUUACACGUGGAACCUCUCCUCGUAUUCCUUGAAGACGUUUGUCAUGCAUCAGCUCUUGGCAAAGUAUGACCGGGGAUACUGGGACCCCAAAAACCAGGGGAUCCUUUUUAUCACGGUCCUUGAAAGUCUGGGGCAUGCCCUAGACCAGCCAGGGCCUGCCAUUCCGUUCCUCUUCCAUCCCAAUGUGGACCUCACUGAAAAGAUUAAGAUACCCACCAAGCGGAACAUCAGCGGCACAAUCAAGCACAUUGUGCGCAAACUCCGGGAGUCUCCUGACCGUUGCUGCGAGCUCAUUCUUGGGGAGCCGGGAACGCCGGCUCUGCCAAACGACGUUACUCAAGAGGCCAAAUUCAUUCCCUACAUGGUUCAUCAGACGGAAAACUCGGGAGGUGCAUGGCGCUGUCUGAUUAGCUGAGCCGCUUGUCCAGUGGCACGACUAGAUCACACUUGUAUUUGCUUACGACAGAGUUCUUGUAAUCUCUUACGACGAGAAAAUGUAAAAAAAAAGAAAGACAUUAGCAAAUCUCUGUAAUGCAAAAUUAGAGUGCAGCUCUUGAGGAGGAGGAGGAGGGGAGGGUAUGCCCCUCCUCUCUCUCCCGGCCUCCUCCUCCUCUCCCCCUCCUUCUCCAGCUAAAUGUAGCUGGAAAAUUGACGCCACGUGACCUCGAACACCAAUUCAAUUUUUCCGCUAAAUUUAGCAAGGAAAAUGACGUCACAUGACUUUGUGUCAUGUCACCUAUAAACAAAUUCAGUUUCUCCCCUAGAUAUAGCGGGAAAAUUGACGUCACGUGACCUCAGCAGCAAUUCAGUUCCCGGCUAAAUUUAGCGUUGAAUUGAAUUGGUGUUGAGGUCAAGUGACAACAAAUUUUCCCGCUAAAUUUAGUGCGGUUACGCCGAUGACGCCGCGAAACACUUAAACGGGCGCCCAAGAGCGGAGCUCUAAAAGCAAAAUGAAAAUAUACGGAAACUAACGUUACUAGAACACUCAGUUGGAAAGCUGCCAUAGAGCCUGCUCUGAAAAAGUGGCACAGACCCGUACUCGAGAACCGAGCUAAUGACGAUCGCAACACCGAUAUUUUCUCCGCAGCGGCCACUCGGGGAACUGCACGGCUACUUGUAUUGGUUCGGGUGUAUCGCAUUGGAUAGCGUCUGUUGCGACUUCUAUUUUGGCUUUAAUCGGCCAUUUUGGCGCCGAAACAUAUAUGGUGGAAGGGGUUUCAGGAUUGCCAACCCUCAUCUCCCAAGAGGAUGCGCCCAGGUUGGGAUGCGCUACCUGAAAUCACUGAUGAAACGUGGUUGUAUAAAAACAAAAUUAAUCAUACCGCAAAACCUUGUAAACUAAAGAUUUUAGAAAACAUCACGCGCCUGUAUUUUGUACUGAUCUCCAAUGAAAGUUCCUGCAAAACGAGUUUUUUUCGUUUGUUUUUAUGCAAAAACAUGCUUUCUGAAAUCUCAUGGUGACCACAGUAAAUAAAAAAAAGAUUGAGCCGCCAUCUUGGCCCCUCAAGCCUGGGAGUUUCGGUACUCGGGGAACAUUCAGUGACUCUAGCAGUAGCCAUAUAGAGCAACCUUCAUGUUUCAACUCGUUGCUAAAUGGUGGUGCUGUUAUCGUAUUUAGCUCAGCCUCGGUGGACGCCAGCGGCCCAGGUUUCAAGGGCGAGUUUCCAAACUGAGUGUUCUAGUUACGUUGAUGGAAACUGAACAUGUUCCACGGAUGCCCAAUAGGCGGAGCCACUGUGUUCUCUCAAUUGCAAGAGAUCACAAGAGGUUGUAAGGCACUCUGUUGUCGUAGGGAGUCGCAAGUAAUGUGAAUCAGCCUUAAUUGUUUGUACGAUAGCACCACUCGAAUCCUAUGUCUGGUUUAAUCUAAUUUCCGUGCGUGUUACCUGUACGGGAUGGAACCGUCCGACACUAUUACUUCCCAAGUCCUGCGGGAUUUGGUUGUUGCUUUUAAGAGUACAAAGUACACAGUAUGGGUUUAUAUUUUUUAGAGCGCAGCUCUUAGGCGCCCAUUUCCGGCUCAAGCGUUGGCGUAGCCACGCGUUGCAUUAUGGGAGGGUUAACCUCAUGAGGGUCAGGAGUAAUGUCAUUAUAGGAAACACACUGUGUGUGACGUCACACGCAUCUAACAUUGCCAAUAUUCCCGCUAAAUUUAGCGGGGAAAGUUUUCUGCUAAAUUUUAUGGAAAAACAUUCCCGCUAAAUUUACCCUCGUGACGUCACAAGGGUAAAAUGUUCCUGGUAAAUUUAGCGGGUAAGGAAGAGGGGCAUACCCUCCCCUCCUCCUCCUCAAGAGCUGCGCUCUAAUUCGGCGUUGCAGAAAAUUGUAAAAAUCUUUCAUUUUUUGCCUCCUUCAGUGCUUAUUUAUAUUGCGGGGAUGGGCAAGUGCUGGUUCCAGGCAAGCAAAAGCUGAUCGUGCUCCACGUGUUCACUUAGCAGUGCGUCUGUGACAAGGUAUACAUAGCCGAACCCUGUGAUGUAAAGCAUACUUGGCCCAUUCAAACGUUAUACUGGUCUAACUUUUUCUUUGUGCUUGUAAUGAGACGAAGGGUAGGUAGUUGCGACGGUGCCUGUAUAUUGUCCGCGAAAGUUUGCGGCGGACCUCUGCACGGGCCAAAGACCAAAGCUUUGUGACAUCUUGUAUACUUCAUUGGUUCCCAUAUACCAUACCUGCAAGUUUUCCAUGUUGCCAUGUCUCUUUAUGCCUUCACGGAUGUUUUUAAGGUGUGAAGACAUUCUGACACUUUGAUUCAGUGGGACAAGUCCUAUUGGGCUGUUUUUUAUGCGUUUUAGUCACUGGGAACAUUUAUAAAUGAAGCUGCAAACAAUGUUCAGCCGGUUCCUCUCUUUUUUUUGGACGAAAGGCUGAACAACAAUUUGACUUGACACUCGCAUUGCAUGGGUUUAGGUAGUAGUGCUAUUACUUUUUUACUUACUUAUCGUUACUCACUCAUUCUUGCAUUGUAUGAUGGAGCUUGAUAUUGUGGAUGCUUGGGCUAGUUGGUAGCUGUGUGCCUGCGAGUGUGACUGUACAUCUGCGCUGUUCCAUUCAAGUGUGAUGGAGACUGUGGUGCUUGAAUUGCAUAAACCUUGUCCUGUUGUGUUGGUAAAGAUGAUCGAUGAAGACUAUAUAAGGAGGAGGAUUAAAUAAAUGAGUUAGUUGGGUUUGA